AUGGAUAAUAAGGAGUGUGUGUGUCCCAACUGCAGCCGGAGUAUUGCGGCCUCUCGCUUUGCUCCUCAUCUGGAGAAGUGUCUCGGCAUGGGCCGCAACAGCAGCCGAAUAGCCAACCGCAGAAUAGCCAGCAGCAACAACACAAGCAAGUCAGAAAGCGAUCAGGAAGACAAUGAUGAUAUCAAUGACAACGACUGGUCCUAUGGUUCAGAAAAGAAAGCCAAGAAGAGAAAGUCAGAAAAGAAUCCAAACUCUCCCAGGAGAUCCAAAUCCCUGAAGCACAAGAACGGAGAGCUCAGCAGUAAUGUCAAUCCAGACCUAUACAAGUAUAACUACAGCUCUGGCAUCAAUUAUGAGACUUUGGGACCUGAGGAGCUGCGCUCCAUACUGACUACGCAAUGUGGGGUCGUAUCAGAGCACACAAAGAAGAUGUGUACUCGGUCAAUGCUACCUGACUCUGAAACAAUGCUGGAAAACGACGGCUAUGAUGCCCCUGAUGGCCAACUAAUCAUGUCUCGCCUCCAGUGGGACGGCUCCUCAGAUAUCUCACCAUCAGAUUCGGCAUCUUCAAAAGCCAGCACCAAUAACUCUGAAUCUAAGAUACCUAAGAAAAAGAACAAGCCCAGUACACUGACUCUGACUACCACUGGAGGUGGAGGAGAGCGGGACAAAGGGCAGGAACGAGAGAGAGUAGUAGGCGGCGGCGGGAGCAGCAGCGCCCAGAAUGCACUGGGCCUGUCCAGUCGAAAAAAGCGACCAAAACUGCCCAUUCCCCCAGCUCCUAGCAUCUACGAUGACCUGAACUGAUGAACAUGCAUCAUAUUUACACACCGAGUUUGUGAUCAUGACAUGAGUUCUUAUGUGAUCUCUGGUUUCCACCAUUUCAAGGUUUAUGAACGAGAUGAGACAAACUCUCUGUUGAAUGCGUGUAAGAGAGAAAAUAUCUGGGGACCAUUUCAGACAUUUGUAUCUGGGGCACAAGAGAGUACAUUUGUUACGGCACAGUGUUGCACAUUGAAAAGUGAGCGUUUUUGUGAUUAAAUGUGUUUUUUGUGUGUGGAUGUGAGCUGGAGCAAGCAUUUGUUUUUAUUUUACUGUGUUAUUGCAUACUCUUGUGUGUGUAUACAUGAGAUUUGGUUUACAGUGACACAUGAAAAUGUGACAUGGUGAAUGUUGGAGAUUGUAUGAAUGUGAAUGGGAUGUUGCAAAUAUUUUGUUCCCUGUUGGCUCUUGUUUUACUGUAGGUUAAUCUGUGCAAUGUCCUCUACUGGUUUUAAAGGGUAACUUUCUUUCAUAUCGUCUUGCUAAUGUUACUGGAACCUGUUGAUCUCUUCUCAGCUGCUUUCUGCAAGCGAAGCUACUACUCAUACUCUCUGCUAAAUAAUGGACUUGCAUAGUGCUACCGACAGCUUUCUGCCAAAUCUGUGGAUACACAAUCUUUUGUCUGUUUUGAAGUUAAUAUUCUUGUUUGUAGUCAUGGCUAAUAUUUCUUGUCUGAUACUCUAUUUAUUUAGUUUAGUGUCAAUGUUUGUAUCUUUUUUUUAUAAUCAUGGCUUUUUGACUCCUUGAUCUGUAACAUGCAUUUUCUCUGAUUACAAUGUUUAAAUGGCUGAAGAGUUCGAUGAGCCUUAGAGCACUUACUAUGUUAGCUGUCAGCUUGUUUUGUAUAAAAUAUGGUUGGUAAAAAUAAAAAAAAGUCAGAAAUGCAAAUAGCAAUUGAAGAUGCACUUAAAUGGAUAAAAUCCAGCCCUUAUAAGCGCCUUAUUGUUUUUUCAGUAAAAUUUUUUUAUCAUUGAGCUGUGGUUUGUGAAUUUUGUUGCUUGAGGUUUAAAUGACCUGAGAGUUUCUCUGAAUGUGAAUUGAAAUGUCUGCAUGAUGGAGAAAAAAAGCAAAAACAUGGUACAACUUAGGAUAUAACAUUGCUGUGGGUGGAUGUUUCUUCUGUGAUGCUCAGUUAUUGCUCUGGCACUCAAUGAACUGUAGUAGCUCUGUAACAGUCUAAAUAAAUGUUUCUCACUCAAAAAGUUCUCACACUCAUUCAUAAACUACUCUUAAAAGGACAGUUCACCCAAAAAUUGUCAUGACUUAUUCAACCUCAUUUCAUUCCAAUUUCCAAGCAUGUAUGACUUUUUCCAUACAGUGGAAGUUACUGGCUCCAAUAUAGUUUAGACGUUCUUCAAUGUGUGUGUGGAUAAGAACAAAAACAUUUCAAAGAUGAGCAAUUUUAUUCAGAAUUACUGCAAAACAAAACCAAAAUGCAUUUUAAUUAAAGAGGUGCUAGUUGUCCGUUAUAGCGAGAAUGAGAAGGUAGACUAGUUUUCCCCUAAAACAUAUGCAGAUAUUGCUGACAAAAGUGACCCAUUCAUACAAGAACCAUCAAACUUGUCAGAGAGCUUUAAGGUUCCUCUAUGCCCCUUUUGAUUUAUCUACAGUAAAUACAUUGCUUAUAUACAGAUUUUACACAAGAGAAAAACUUAUUUGCUUUGUUAUCGAUGUCACAUAUGAAAUGCAGUGAGUUUUCUACAGUCUCUUUAGAAAACUCCAGUAUGUUUGCAUGGAAAAUCUUCAUCAUGUAUAAAACUCUUGUGUCCUAAAUGAUAACUAUGAGCUGUAACUAGCAGCAGACAUGCUAAACCAGACUGUUAUGUAGAAAUAAGUG